GUCACUUCCACCCCACCACCUUCUCCUCGACAACCCUUUCCACCCCACAUCCUCCACUUCCCGAUCGAUCAGCGCGCGCAUGAGCAACCUGUGAGGACACCGACAAACACGGUACUUACUGGUUCGGCUUCUCUUUAGGAGCCUCCCGUCUUCGUUCGAGUCUUGCGCUAACGUCAAGUCCGCACUCGUUCCCAGGUACUCGCAGCCAGAAGCCAUGUAUCGCCGCAAUUCAGGCUCCGACGGCGAGAUCGGCGAGCGAUCUGUCGCUUCGAAGGCAAAAGUGUUCUCUCGACCUCAAUCCAACGCCUAUGUUGAUUCAUCCUUCAGACGCCCAUCGAUUUCCCAGUCACCUAGGCCCUUCAAUGGAAUCCCCGAGCGCUACCGGUCCAGGUCUAGGUCCAGAUCUCCGUACAGACACCCGACGACGCCUCGUGAGGAACCCCGUGGAGAGAAGCGACCCCGCGACAACUACACCUACCGCGAAGACGACCGCGUAGACAAUCGCCGCUUUAAGGUCCAUUAUGAUGAUGCCGGCCGCUAUCCUCAGCCGAACGGCCGGAGCCAGAUCUCAUAUGCUGAUCUAGAUUACGGAGGUUCUGGAAACAUGCGUGGAGGCCGCGACAAUUACCGCAAGAAUAACUCUGGACGCCGUAGCCGAUCGCCUGGCCGCCAGAAUCGUGGAGGCAGAGGUGCAGGCAAUCGGGACCGCUCGGAUCGUCGUGGCAGAGGUGGCCAACAUGACAAGUACAGCCAAGGCAACUUUGGAAAGAACGGCUAUCGCGGUCGAGGAGGCUACGCCAAUGCACAGAACGGAGGAGGAUUCCACCGGAACUCGCGAGAGCCGUCUAUGGGACGAGAGGGCCACAACGGCUGGCAGAACAGCGGCAGCCGCCGAAACUCCAGAGAUCUGUCGGUGAGCAACCAGGGUGAUCCCCAACAGUAUGCCCAGAACUUUCGAUCGUCUGCUGAAAACCGCCCUCGCGACUCGCAACAGGAGACGGCCCAGUCCACUGCUAGAAAAGUUCACGCGAACGGCGUAGAAGUCAACCAGCCUACUCAUGAUUCGAAGUCUGCCCCGCCAACCAUACAGCCACCCGAGGACCAAGAUAUCGACUAUGACAACCUUGUCCCUGUCGAUGAAGACGCGGAAAUCGCCAGGCGUCGCGCCAAGCGCGAGGCCAUCAAAGCUAGAGCUGCCGCGAAGAAUCCAGAGUUACCGCUUCUUCAGCAAGUUCUUAUCGGUAGCGCUUCAAGCCCAAAUUCUCCGGCAAUCAGUACUCCUGUUGACGAAUCAGACCGUUCUGUUUCUCCUGCAACACCCGGUGCUGGAAACCUAGGCGAAGCGAACGCGACCGACUCUCCGGCAGUUGUUGUUGUGAACAAAGCAGAUGACUCCACCCGAGAAGCCGAAGAGUAUCGCCCACUCGGCGAAGACGACGGCCCUUCGGCAGCCAAUUACGAUCCAACAAUGGACCAAGAAAAGGACAGACUCCGCGCAGAGCAGAAAGCACGAGAGGAAGAUGCGGAAAAGCUAGGUCAUCAGAAGGUGGACGAUAGCCAUGACGUCAACCCGACCAAGAACUCGGAGGACGACUUCGACAUGUUCGCAGAUACUGAUGAUGAGGACAUGUUUGCCGCAGAGACCCCCGUCAAGCUGCGACGGUCUUCCUCGGAUGCCGGCAAGCCUCUGGUGCUGGGAGAGAAGAUGAUGAGCAAGUGGGUUGACGCGGACAACUACUACGUUAUCCGAAACGGAGAGUUAAUGAACGGUCGCUACGUUGUCGAGCAAGAGCUUGGCAAAGGCAUGUUCUCUGGGGUUAUCCGAGCGAGGGACUUGCAGACAAACGGAAUGGUCGCUAUCAAGAUCAUCCGUAAGAACGACACCAUGAAGAACAUUGGUCAAAAAGAAAUCCAAUUCUUGGAGAAAGUCAAUGCCGCAGAUCCAUCGGACAGAAAGCACGUCGUACGAUACUAUGGCCAAUUCGAUCACAAGAAACAUCUCUGUCUGAUAUUCGAGAACCUAGACAUGAACGUUCGUGACGUUCUCAAGAAAUACGGCGGAAGUGCUGGUCUGACGUGGGAAGCUGUGAAGGCUUUCGCGCGUCAGAUCUUCAUCGGACUCGACUUCCUACACAAGCAAGAUCUUAUUCAUGCCGACUUCAAGCCCGACAAUCUCCUAGUCGACCAGACUCAUAAGGUACUGAAGAUUUGUGAUCUUGGCUCUGCUUGCGAGCCCCACGAGACACAUGACCUCUCGGACUAUCUCGUUAGUCGUUUCUACAGGGCGCCAGAAGUCAUCCUACAAGGUUCCGUCACCUCCGCGAUCGAUAUCUGGGCUGCUGGAUGCACUAUGUUCGAGCUCUGGACGGGAGACAUCCUCUUCCGUGGCGAUUCUAAUAACCAGAUGCUGCGCGCCAUCAUGGAGGUACGCGGCAAGUUCGCCCCCAAGCUUCUGAGGAAGGGCAAAAUCUCUGGAAAGCACUUCAACGGCGAUGGGUCCUUCGUGAGCGUUGUCAAAGACCCGAAUAACCCUGGCAAGGUAGCGCCCCCCAAUCCCUCCAUUGCAGUCCAUACAUCUCACUUCAAACAGGUCGUCAGCAAGACGUUGGUCUUCAACAAACCGCAUGAGACGCGGGCUCUUCGAUAUACCGUCAAGGCGGCCGCCGCCGGCUUGCAGAACCCACCUGACCCGAAGGAGAUCGCCCUGUUCAUCGACUUGCUUGAGCGUUGCCUGGAUCUGAAGUGGGAGAAGCGGAUCAGCGCUGCUGAUGUUCUGAAGCAUGCUUGGUUCUUAAAGAGGUAAGCGAUGAGCAUUGUCUAGCGUUCCGCACAGCGAGUGAUGACGGGGAGGGUGGAAUAUGGCAUGGCAUGGCUUUCGGUGAUGGAUUGCUGGGCUACUAACGGUGGAUUCGGCGUGUAUGGCGGGUAUGGCAGGUACUGCUGUUAUGGAUUCUCAGGGCGAUGCUUGCGGUGUAUGCUGCUAGCAUGAUUGUACCUGGGGGGUAAUUGGGUCUGCCUGUGAGUUUGGAAUUUUCGGCUGGAUACGGAGCGUGCUUGGACGAUCAUACGGAACAGUACUUCCAAUAGCCGGAAUAAACUCACAAGCAUCAUAAACAUAUGUGUGCACACUUGUCUGCAGCCGUGUGAGGUGCUUCGAGGGGGUUUAAAGAAAUCUGGAUUAAAGUCUAGGUGUGUACACUCCUUUGACGCCGCUUUGGGGACUUCGACGGGGUUUACGAAAUUCGGGGA